CUCAGCUGCCUACAGACCUGUCUGGUAGCUGCGGAUAUUGGAAUAGGAAACACCGGGGAUCUAACUGGAUAGGAGGCCCAGAAAGGGGUGUGUUACUUUCUAGAGCUUAUGCAUGGCUGAUAAGAACAGUAGUGUUAAAUGCACAUUCUCUGCUCCUGGCCAUAGCACAACCCUGCUGCAGGGACUAACUACUCUGCGUGCUCAGGGGCAACUGCUUGACGUGAUUCUUACUGUCAACAACGAAGUGUUUCAAGUACACAAAGUGGUGCUAGCUGCGUGCAGUGACUACUUCAGGGCUAUGUUUACCGGAGGAAUGAGGGAAUCUAAUCAAGAUGUCAUUGAAUUAAAAGGGGUAUCUUCUAAAGGAUUAAGACACAUAAUUGACUUUGCAUACAGUGCAGAAGUAACUCUUGACUUAGACUGUAUUCAUGAUGUCUUGGGAGCUGCCGUGUUUCUCCAGAUGGUACCUGUGGUGGAACUAUGUGAAGAAUUCCUAAAGUCUGCCAUGAGCGUUGAAACAUGUUUAAAUAUUGGACAAAUGGCUACAACUUUCAGCUUGGCAUCUUUGAAGGAAUCAGUGGAUGCUUUCACCUUCAAGCAUUUCCUUAAAAUUUCUGAAGAAGAAGAUUUCCUUCAUUUGCCUUUGGAAAGACUUGUUUUCUUCCUCCAAAGUAACAAGCUAAAAAACUGUAAUGAAAUAGAUCUAUUUUGUGCUGCUAUCCGUUGGUUGCAGUUUGAUUACUCCCGCCGUGCUAAUGCUAGUCAUGUUCUUUGCCACAUUCGCUUUCCAUUAAUGAAAUCCUCUGAGCUUGUGGACAACGUUCAGACUGUAGAUAUAAUGGUAGAGGAUGUAUUAUGCAGACAGUAUCUACUUGAAGCUUUCAACUACCAAAUUUUACCAUUUCGGCAGCAUGAGAUGCAGUCGCCGAGAACUAUAAUUAGGUCUGAUGUUUCAUCCCUUAUAACAUUUGGUGGAACACCUUAUACAGAUAAUGACCGAACAGUAAGCAGCAAAGUCUAUUAUUUACCGGAUAUAACUGCUCGUCAGUUUAAAGAUCUCAAUGAAAUGGAAGUUGGUUGUAGUCAUGCUUGUGUUGCUGUGCUCGAUAAUUUUGUCUAUGUAGUAGGAGGGCAGCAUUUGCAGUACAGAAGUGGUGAAGGAGCCGUGGAUUCCUGUUUUCGAUAUGAUCCUCAUCUAAAUCAGUGGCUGAGAAUACAAGCCAUGCAAGACUGUAGGAUACAGUUCCAACUUCACGUUUUGUUCGGAAUGUUGUAUGCUACUGGAGGACGAAAUAGAUCAGGAAGCUUAGCAUCUGUAGAAUGUUAUUGUCCUAAGAAAAAUGAAUGGACCUAUGUGUGCUCUCUUAAACGCAGGACAUGGGGUCAUGCUGGAGCAACUCUUGGAGGCAAGCUUUAUAUAUCAGGUGGUUAUGGAGUGUCAGUGGAAGACAAGAAAGCACUACAUUGUUAUGAUCCUUCUGUAGAUCAGUGGGAGUUUAAAGCACCAAUGAAUGAACCAAGAGUUCUUCAUGCAAUGGUUGGAGUAAAGAACAGAAUUUAUGCUCUUGGUGGUAGGAUGGACCAUGUUGACCGUUGUUUUGAUGUGUUGGCUGUUGAAUACUAUGUGCCUGAGACUGAUGUUUGGACAACAGUGAGUCCAAUGAGAGCUGGGCAGUCUGAAGCAGGUUGCUGUUUACUAGAUAAAAAGAUUUAUAUUGUAGGGGGAUAUAAUUGGCACUUAAACAAUGUGACAAGUAUUGUCCAGGUAUAUAAUGCAGAAGGUGAUGAAUGGGAAAGAGACUUGCACUUUCCUGAAUCAUUUGCUGGAAUAGCAUGUGCGCCUGUUAUCCUACCACAAAUUUCAUCUUAAAAACAAAUAUACCAAAACCGUAAAAUUGCAGUAUAACGAACUACACUUCAAUUUUAUUUUUUUAUGUUUAAAUAAUAAAAAAAAAAAAGUUGCACAAGUAUUAGAAAAAGAUAAUUGUGACAGACUAUAAGAUUUGUCUAUUUUUUUUUCUUUCAAUAUGAUUUUGCAUUAAAUGCACAUUUGUUUUGUAUACAAAGUGUUUGCUAAAUGUAUUUGUGUACAUUGUUAAAUACUUCAUGUUUUCAAUUUUAUACUGUGAUCAGAGGAGCAAUAAGGGACAAGGGAUGUAUAAUGAUAUAAAUUCAUUAGAGCACAUUAGCUUUCUUAACAGGUCAACCUUGCACAGAACUUACCUACCUCUUGCCACAUAUGGUAUUGUGUCUUCCUUGCAUGAGUUUUCUUACAUUUCCAGGGGCAGUAGUAUAACACUGUUAAUUAAUUGUUGCUGCAUAUUCUGACCAUUGCAAGAAGAAUACAAGUAGAGAUAUCCGAUGUUGAUGAGGCUCUCUGAAGCAAUGGGCUUUCCUUUUUGGUGGCUGUAUUAUGAUAUUUAUCAAAUGCAUUUUAUAUUUCCAUGGCCUCAGGAAUAUGGAUUUAGAGGUAUUCAAGAAACUAUGUAAAUAUUAGCAAAUCUAUUUAUUUAGUAUAUCCCUUAUGCAAAAAUGUGUUAUUGGGCUGAUAUUUAAAUUGAUGAUAAACUUUAAAUGUUUUAAAAUCAGGUCCGGAAUCUAAGUGAUAUUUUAGAUGAACUUUAGUUGAUUAAUUCUAAUAAAGAUGCGCUGUAACUUUUUAAUCUAGCCGUACCAUUUGAAUACCCUGUGCUUCAGCCGCCCACUUUAAAACUCAUAUUUCCUUCCAUAAGGCAGGGAGAGUCCACAACUUCAUUCCUUACUGUUGGGAAAUAACACCUGGCCACCAGGAUGAGCCAAACACACCCCAGCCAAAAGCUUAAAUAUCCCUCUCACUUCCCCUAUCCCCCAGUCAGUGCAGUUUUUCUGCAAACCCAUCCAGACUGUUGCUAACAGCUCCUGAGCAAUCAGGGUGGACGAGUUUCACUGCUUGCUGCUACACACUCAAGUCCAUGUCAGAAGCGCUGCUGCAAGACUGUCACACUUGAGAGGCUGUGCCUGUUCCACAGCAUGGAUACUGGAGGGUAAGACCGUUUUUUAUAUACAUUUUUUCUAUACAGGGUCACAGUGUAGCUCCUUUAUGCCUCGAUAGGAUCAAGAGUUAAUAUCUCCUGCAGGGAGAUUAUUUGAACAGCUUGGGGUUAUUUAUAACUGCUUUAAUGUGAGAGUUUUUUUGGGCUCAUAGACUGUAUGCUUUUGGCUUGGAACAAACAGGUUUCACUUUCGUUUUUGAGUGUUGCGCAGCUUAUAAUACCUUAGCGCCUUUUUCAUAGCAGGGGAAGUCCUGUCCUACGCACCACAUGAUCGGGUGCGGCCUUUUUCUUUUCAAUCCUUCUGUGGACAACACUCCUAAGGAGAACGUUUUCAUUGUUAGCUGUCUGGGUCUAGGAGGUGGUGAGUGCCCAAGCCAUUGGGAUUAUAAAGGUGCCGUUUUUUUAAUAAAAGUGUUUACUUUUUGUCUGUCCUGUGAAUAUUCUAAAGUCUAAGAAGGGUGACAAGCCUGCUAAUACUCAUAGCGCUAUUAGCCCCUCUGAGCCAUCUACCUCUCAGGAAUCUGUGUCCCGAGAGAUUACUACCCUUUCUACACUACCCGCUCCACAUGCAGUUCCCCCGAGGCUCAACUAAUCCUCCAUCUGGAGGAGGCCUUUUUCCGGCUGACUUUACAGCGCAGUUGCAAUCGGCGGUGUCUGCGACCCUGAGUGCCUUAGCAAACCCAAGAGAAAGGUUAGACAUAGUUCUCCUGAUCUAGAGUCAUCUAAAUAUUUGUCGGAUCUAGCUUCUAUGUCCCAACUAUCCAAGGAUGAGUUAACCUCUGUAGCUUCAGAGGGUGAACUUUCUGAGUUGGAGACUUCAGUUUCCAAAACUCCUUCAGCGGAGGAACCCUCCUUUAGAUUUAAAAUUGAGCAUCUGUGUUUUUUAUUAAAGGAGGUUCUGUCUACGCUAGAGGUUCCAGAGGCUACACUACCUGAGGAACCUAAGAUCCCUAAAUUAGACAGGGUUUAUGAAGACAGGAAGGUACCUCUGACUUUUCCUGUGCCAGUUAAGAUGGCAAACAUUAUUAGUACGAAUGUGAAAGAAUAGGAACAUCUUUUUCCUCCUCUUCUACUUUUAAAAAAUGAUUCCCGGUCCCUGACUCUCAAUUAGAUUUGUGGGGUUCCAUCCCUAAGGUGGAUGGCACUAUUUCUAGCUAAGCGUACUACUAUCCCUCUGGAGGAUAGUUAUUCUAUGGAUAAGAAAAUGGAAACUUUUCUGAGGAAGAAUUUUCAACAUACAGGGUUUUUAUUUCAAUUGGUGACAGCUGUAGUCACGGUUUCUGGAGCAGCUACCUCUUGGUGCGACACUGUUGGAGCUCAUUGAGGUGGAGACUCCCCUCGAGGAUAUUCAGGAGAGAAUUAAGGCUCUAAGAAUUGCUAACUCCUUCAUCUGUGACGCAAAUAUGCAGAUUACUCACCUAAAGGCAAAGGCUUCUGGCUUUGCGGUCCUAGCGAGCCAGGAUCUCUGGUUGAAGUCUUGGUCUGCGAAUAUGACUUCUAAGUCUAGACUCCUUUCUCUUCCAUUCAUGGGGAAGAUUUUAUUCGGUCCAGGGCUAGACUCCAUUAUUUCUACGGUUAUCGGAGAGAGAGGUGCAUUCCUACCGCAGGAUAAGAAAAAUAGGCCUAAGGGACAGCAAUUGUCUAAUUUUCGUUCUGACAAAUCACAACAGCAGCAAUCCUCAUCCAAGUCCGAGCAGACAUAAGAUGUAGCGUAUUAUGUCCGCCGCACAUUGAUAAAUGCCGACACAAGCAGUUCUUGUGAACUGCAUGUGCAAUGCCACCCCCUGCAGAUUCGCGGCCAAUCGGCCGCUAGCAAGGGGUGUCAAUCAACCCGAUCGUAUAGGAUCGGGUUGAUUUCUGUCCGCUGCCUCAGAGCAGGCGUACAAGUUUUGGAGUAGCGGUCUAACUACUGCUCCAAGCAUAUUUUUGAAGUUUCUAGCCGUUGCAAGAACACAAGGUAUUGCAGUAGCGCCUUACCUGGAUGAUAUCUUGGUGCAGGCACCAUCUUUUCAUCUAGCGGAAGAACAUUCGGAGUCCCUUCUCAGUCUUCUUCGAUCACAUGGAUGGAAGAUAAACUUGGAAAAGUGUUCUCUUACUCCAAGUACAAGGGUGAAUUUCCUAGGGACUAUAAUAGAUUUCAUAUCCAUGAAAAUAUUCCUCACAGAUCAGACGUGGCAAGCUAAUUACUGCAUGUCUUGCCCUCCAGGCCUCCUUGAGACCCUCAGUGACUCAGUGUAUGGAGGUGAUCAGACUCAUGGUGUCCUGUAUGGAUAUAUAUUCCUUUUGCCGGAUUCCAUCUCAGACCCUUACAACUUUGCUUGCUGAAACAAUGGAACAGCGACCAUUCAGAUCUGUCUCAACAGGUUUUGCUGGACAACCUGUCGAGAGAAUCGCUCUCUUGGUGGCUCUGUCCAGAUCAUCUGUUCCAAGGCACGUGCUUCUUGAGACCGUCCUGGGAGAUUGUGACUACUGACGCAAGCCUUUCCGGCUGAGGAGCCAUUUGGAGUGCCAAGAAGUCACAAGGACUGUGGACUCAGGAGGAGUCCUCCCUUCCAAUCAAUAUAUUGGAACUCCUGGCAAUCUUCAAUGCCUUGAAGGCUUGGCCCCUUCUGGGUUCGUCCCAGUUUAUCAGAUUCCAAUCAGACAAUGUAACCAUGGUUGCCUACCUCAACCAUAUGGGGGGGGGGGGAAGUUCCUUGGCGAUGAGAGAAGUAUCUCAGAUACUAGAGUGGGCAGAGACUCACAGAUGUACGCUGUCAGCGAUCCACAUUCCGGGUGUGGACAACUGGGAAGCAGACUUCCUCAGCAGGCAAUCUUUUCACCCAGGGGAAUGGUCUUUCCACCCCGAGGUGUUUGCAGAGAUAUGCAGCGAGUGGGGGCCGCCGAAGAUGGAUCUCAUGGCAUCCCGCCUCAAUACCAAGCUACCCAGGUACAGGUUGAGGGAUCCUCAGUCGGAUAUUAUAGAUGCCCUAUCAGUACCAUGGAGGUUCAGACUCAUAUCUUUUUCCUCCAUUACCGCUUCUCCAUUAUGUGGUGACUUGCAUCAACCAAGAGCGAGCUUCAGUGAUCUCCUCAGUGGAGGUUACCUUGUCGCAGAGAUUUGCUGAUAUAGGGUCCCAUCGUUCAUGAAAAUCUAGAUUCUCUGAGGCUGACUGCGUGGAGAUUGAACGCUUAGUCUUAGCCAAGAGAGGGUUCUCUGAGAGUGUUAUCGACACUCUGGUUCAAGUUUGUAAACCAGUUAGUCGUAUCUACCAUAAAAUGUGGAGGACUUACUUGUAAUGGUGUGAAGAGCGUGGUGUUUCCUGGCAUAAGGUUAAAGGACCAGUAAACACAGUAUAUUUGCAUAUUUAACAAAUGCAAGAUAACAAGACAAUACAAUAGCAUUUACUCUGAAUUUCAAAUGAGUAGUAGAUUUUUUUUCUAACAAAUUUCAAAUGUAUGUAUAUUUCCACUCCCCCUGUACUAUGUGAUAGCAAUCAGCCAAUCACAAAUGCAUAUAUGUAUAGUUUGUGAAUUCUUGCACAUGCUUAGUAGGAGCUGGUGACUCAAAAAGUGUAAAUAUAAAAGACUGUGCACAUUUUUUUUUUAAUGGAAGUAAAUUGGAAAGUUGUUUAAAAUUACAUGCUGUAUCUGAAUCAUAAAAAUGUAAUUUGACCUGAGUGUCCCUUUAAGGUUGCCAGAAUUUUAUCUUUUCUCCAGGAUGGACUGGAGAAGGGUCUGCUAGUUUCCUGAAGAGACAGAUAUCGCCCCUGUCGGUGUUACUGCACAAGAGAUUGGCUGAGCUUCCGGAUGUGCUUUCCUUUGUUAAGGCUCUGACUAGGAUCAGACCUGUGUUUAGAUCUGGGGCUCUGCCUUGGAGGCUAAAUAUUGUUCUUAGUGUUUUGCAGCAGGCUCCGUUUGAGCCUAUGUGCAUACUGUUGACAAAUUAUCUUGGAAGGUUCUUUUUUUGAGACUCCAUGACCACGUCCGUAGUUUAUUUUUGAUGGAUGGCUCCCUUUUUAUAUUAUUUCUUCUGUCACCUUUAUACCCUGAUGUUUUUCCUACUUUUCAUUGUUCCUCGCCAGAUUGAUUGGGGGCUAGAGGAAGUGGGAGGGAUAUUUAAGCCUUUGGCUGGGGUGUCUUUGCCUCCUCCUGGUGGCCAGGUGUUGUAUUUCCCAACAGUAAGGAAUUAAGUUGUGGACUCUCCCUGCCAGGAAGGAAAGGAAUUUAUCUGGUAAGCAUAAAUUAUGGGUUUUUUUAUGAGCUAACAGUUUGAACUGUUCUCCAAUCAGCGCUCUAGCUACAAACAAAAUGCUGUACGGCUAGAGCACCAAUUGGAGAACAGUUCAAACCGGUAGCUCACAAAAUAAAGAGUUUUGAAGUGGGUGGCUUGAGCACAGGGUAUUAGAAUAGCACAACAAGAUUAAAAAGUAAGUUACAACGCAUUUUUAUUAGAAGCGAUCAGCUAAAGUCUCUGUAAAAUAUUGUUUAGAUUCCGGACCUAAUUUUAUAACAUGUCAAGUUUACAAUCACUUAAAGGUGAUAGACUAUUGCCUCUUUAACUCACUAACUUUAUUUUGUUCACAUACAACAACAAUUGUGUGUUUGCUUUUUUAAAGGAUAUACAUUUUGAGUUCCUUGGAGCCGAAAUGAACUCUAAUUCACAUCAUAGCCACCUUCUUUUACUUAAUAUUUAGGGCAUGGAUAUGUAUGUUGAAGUUACCUCCUCAAAGGGACACUCAAAGGGACAAUUAAACUUUCAUGAUUCAGAUAGAGCAGCAAUUUUAAACAACUUUCCAAUUUGCUUUGAUUAACAAAAUGUGCACAGUAUUUUUAUAUUUAUACUUUUUGAGUCAUCAGCUACAACUGAGCAUGUGCAAGAAUUCACAGAAUAUACGUAUAUGCAUUUAUGAUUGGCUGAUGGCUGUCACAUGAUACAGGAGGAGUGGAAAUAGACAUAACUGAAAUUUAUCAGAAAAAAAAAAUCUACUCAUUUGAAUUUCAGACUAAGUGCUAUUGCAUUGUCUUUUUAUCGUGCAUUUGUUGAUUAUGCAAAUCUACUGUAUAAACCCAAAAUUUUCCUCCAUGAUUUAGAUAGAGCAUGCAGUUUUUUUAAAAACUUUAUUUAUAUUGUCUAAUUAGCUUCUUUCUCUUGGUAUUCUUUGUUGUAAAGCAUACCUAGAUAGACUCAGGAGCAGCAAUUUACUACUGGGAGCUAGCUGCUGAUUGGUGGCUGUCCUUUUUUGUCUGUUGUCAUUGGUUUGCCCAAUGUGUUCAGCUACCUCCCCGUACUGAAUUGCUGCACCCUCAACAAAGGAUACCAAGAGAAUGAUGCAAAUUUGAUAAUAGAACUAAGUUGGAAAUUUGUUUAAAAUUGUAUGUUAUGUCUGACACAUAAAUAAAAAAAUGUUAAGGUUUUUAUUCUUAUGUUGAAAUCUUCCAUUUAUUUUGUACAUAAUGUUGUUUACACAGCUAAUCGUAAAAUCACAACAUUAGGAAAGCAGUAAUUACUAGUUCUGCAAAAAUGGAAAAGAUGGAAAUGGCAAAACCUUCAGUUGUUAAUAAUAAAAUUUAAUUUAAAUUAGGA